AUGCCUACGAAGGGGGAAAGGGGAAAAGCGACAGACUUCAGCAUCGCGGCCAUCAUGGCGCCCAGGGGUCCGUCCUUCGGGCAUUACCACCUGCAGGGCAUUGGCAACACCGCCGCUACCGCUAAUACGAACUUGGAAUGUGCGACUGCCAGAGAAUUCGUCGCCAACUCUGCCCUCGAUCACCGAUCGAGGACGUCCCCGGUGAACAUCGUGGCGACCGCGACAGUGGUGACGGACGAGGCGUUGCUGGCGGACGACGAGGUGGAGAACUGCGAAGGCGAGAGCGAGGGAACGGAGAAGUCCGGUAACGAGGAGGACGAAGAAGUGGACGUGGACGUCGAGGAGUGCAGCAGCGUCGACGACGGUCCGGUUCACGGGCCGGACGACCUGAGCACGACGUCGUCGUCGAGGAAGUGCCAAGAUUCUCACGGCGACCACGAACGGAAGCAUCGGCUCAGGACCAGUUGCAACUCCGACGAGCUUCGGGACGUCGAGUGUCAUCUCGAGACCAAGGAAUUGUGGGACAAGUUCAACGACCUUGGCACGGAGAUGAUCAUCACGAAGACUGGCAGGCGGAUGUUCCCGACCUGUCGCGUGUCGUUCAGCGGUUUGAAGUCGGAGGGCAGGUACGCGGUACUGAUGGACAUCGUCCCCGUGGACAACAAGCGUUACCGGUACGCGUACCACAGAAGCUGCUGGCUGGUCGCGGGCAAAGCGGAUCCCCCGGCGCCUGCGCGGCUCUACGUGCACCCGGACUCGCCGUUCACCGGGGACCAGCUACGAAAGCAGGUGGUUUCGUUCGAGAAGGUCAAGCUGACGAACAACGACAUGGACAAGCACGGUCAGAUCGUCCUGAACUCGAUGCACAGAUACCAGCCGAGGAUACAUUUGGUGAGGUGCCGGCAAACGGACGACAACAAUCUCCACAUAACCGAUCUUCAAAAGGAGGAGCACAAAACGUUCAUAUUCCCGGAGGCGAUCUUCACCGCUGUGACGGCCUAUCAGAAUCAGUUGAUUACCAAGCUGAAGAUCGACAGCAACCCGUUCGCCAAGGGUUUUCGAGACUCGUCCAGGCUCACGGACUUCGAUCGAGACCCGAUGGAGCUGAUGGAGCAGCAGCUGGUGCGUUGCGGCGUGGCUCCAGUUCGGUUGUACGAGCACCUCGCGAUGUCGUCACCAGCAGCAGCAGCGGCAGCGGCGGCCGCGGCGGCAGCGGCUCUGGGCGCCCAACAGCAACAGCAACAGCACCACCAGCAGUCGCAGCAGCAGUCGCAGCACGAGAACUCCGGGCACGCGUUGCCGCCGUGGAUGACGCCGUCGACGGCGCUCCUUUACGGAACCGUGGGUCAAACGCACCCUGGAACCAGACCCACCACCGGUUCCUCGUCGCCCUAUCCCGCGGUGGCGGCCACGGCGCCAUUUCCUUACCCAGCAGCCCUUCCCUGGCCCUGGCAGCCGCCACCGGUCGCGAUGAUCUCGCGGAGAUCCUCGCCACCCACCGCCACGGCUCCCUCCCUCAGGUACACCCCGUAUCCUCCGCCAGCGAGCACGCCCCCGCCCCUCAGGGCUCGCCCUUCCACCCCCAAUUAGCGCCCACCCUCGCAA